AUGGUUGGCGUUCCACAUUCAAACGGCUGUGCUCUUUGCCGCGAGCGGCGUAUUAAGUGUGAUGAGGCGGUUCCGGAGUGCAACAAUUGCCAUCGUUACCGCAGACCUUGCCCCGGUUAUCGGCGCGCCCUUCGGUUCCAGGAUGAGGGUCCGAUUCUUGCCAGAAGACAUCAGUCUGGCUCGCGACGGAGAGAAAGGCCACCGAAACCGCCAGCAGCCCCUUCAACGCAAAUUGAGCCACCCGAGAAAGCCCACGCAGCAGCUGACAUAGUGCGUGGCAAUACGGUCAUGUUAAUGCGACAAAAUCCGGCCGGUAGUUUUGACGAACAACUUUCUGUCUCUCUAGUUCGCCAACAAUUUCGCGACGCUCAGCCCCAGCUCUUUCUGAGAUUUAUUUCACAUUCCUUCCCCACGCUCUACUAUCACAACCGUUUCAGAUCCGGGGAGGGUCUCGGGUUUGCUGAGUAUGUGGUCCUUAACUAUGGCAAUGAUGCAUACCUCGAUACGUCCGUCUGUUGCUUGAGCUCGAUUUAUCUCGCUCGCUUGACCCAAGAUCGGACGCUUCUCAAAACGAGUCGACAGCUGUACUCCAACUCACUCAGGGUAGUCAUCAAAGCUCUCUCGAAGCCGGAGCAUGUGAUGUCCGAUAAUAUGCUUUGCACAACCAUUAUUUUAAGUGUUUUUGAAAUGUACGCUCAGACUACACCGGACGCAUGGGUUGUACACAGCGAUGCCGUAAGGCGGCUUAUGAUAAAGAGAACUGCGGCCGCUUUCGAGUCUGGCUUCGGACGGUUCUGCUUCAUAGCCUUCAGAGGCUUUCUUAUCCUCUUAGCUUUAUACGAAGGAAAGCCAUGCUUCCUGGAUGAAGAGGAAUGGCAAAACUACACGAUAAAGAUGAUGACCGAGGAUCGCACCAAGCCUGGGGAAUGGAGCGCAUAUACUGACCUUGUUGAUCUACUUCACAUGGAAACUGCCAAAUGUCCGCGGUAUAUUAGUGAGACUCGAGAUCUUCUCGCAGGGAACACCGAUCCGGACCAUGCCAAAAUAUACGGCCUCAUCAGCCGUAUACAGAAUACCUCCCACCGACUUGAAUCCCUGAUCUCCGACCUCCGGUCCUGUAUCAGCGCACACAAUGAGCGCCAACAAGGAAUCAUCCAAGGUCCCAAUAAACCCUUCAUUGGACCUGUUCCAGAGGUUUUUCCCGACACUGGACCCUCACUCCUUCUCCUAGGAGCCGAGAACAUGAUGGAAACAAUCCAAAAGCUAGUCACCCGACUUGAGGAUAGACUCCGUGUGCGUGUGAUUGAGGAAGCCCUUUCUCCAGAGUCCGUCAAUUCACCACCCAGUGACCGCAGCACUUACUCUACUUCUCCUUCUACUGCCAGCUCUAAAAACUUCUCUCUUCCCUUUCGCGUUCAGUCAGAGCUUGAAAACGGUCCGUCCAAGGCUUCUGACGGCCAUGAUCCUCGUGGUGUUAAUUUCCUGGAUCGUGUGGCCUCGUCGAUGGGCGUGCUAGGUGCGAGGGUUGUCUUUGACGAGACACCAGAUCCAUCCUCAUGA